AUGGCUGCCAAUUGCAAAAUCACAUCGGCUAAUCAGAAUCUGUGGUUUCUCGACCCUGUCGUUAUCGAACUCCAGUCAUGUCCAGUUAUAAGUGUGGAGGAGAUUGCCGAGCUCAUGGUUCCGACUCGUAUGAGGUUUCUCGAUUCCAGCAGUGGGACUGUGGUCCACGAGUUCAAAAAGGGCUAUGGACCUUCUGAAUGGGAUUGCUCCACAAUAUCAGCUCUGCACGAUACGGGUGCUCGACGAUUGCACCCGCGUUCACUGUCAAAGAUCCUCAAGAUGGAUCAAUCGUGGAUUGGUGGCAACGAGGCUUCGAACACUCUCCCACAGCUGUCGGCGAACAUUACUUCGAUCAUGCAUUGCGGUGCUCUUCUUCCUCUAGAAGCGUCAGCUAUGACAAGCAGCAGUACGAUACACCUCAUUACCGGUGUGCGCAUCUACAUCGUGUAUCCUCCGACGCCACAUAACAUGACGACUAUGCACAAGUAUUUGCUAGACCUCACCAAAUUUCCUGCGCCAAAGCAUGCAAACGUAUGCAAUGACUUACAAGAAGGCAUCACCUUCGUUCAGCGCGCUGGUCAGACUGCAACCAUACCACCGUUCUGUCCAACAAUGAUUUUCUCUACAACAACCAGUGCAAGGGUCAUCGUCCGCUCGCGUUGCCACAACGAUGUGUCAAUGCGACUAACACAAGUGGAGCUUAUAGUAGAUCAGAUCAGGGCUGUACAGCACGUGUGUCAAGAGACAGCGGACACAUCGUUGGAAUACCACACUGUACAGCUGUACAAAGACGUAUCUACAGUUUUUAGAGCAUCGGAGCCGAGCACUCCUGCCCGGAGACGGUCAUUGGCCUUGGGAGCUGCUUGGAAAGACAACCAUACUCGUUUCCGGGCUCUGAUAGAGGGGUAUGUCUCCCAGCCGUUGAAAGAUAAAAUCCUGAAGAAUGUCCCACGACUUUGGAACUUCGCUGUGCAGAACCAAGACUUUGAAGAAUGUCCAGUCUGCAACGUGGACCUCAAGGACCUCGGCAUGGCGUUCAUCGCGCACUUCCGGAAAGAGCACUGGAAUGAGGCCGAAGACAACACUCAGUGA